CGUCCUGAACUCAUUAAAGUUUACAUUUAAACACCACACAUGGGUAAAGGAGUCAGAUUAACUAACACAGCUGGAAAAACAGACAGUCUUACGAGCAGUGUGGAGUAAAUGAUGCCCUGAUCUCCUGGUCAUAUGAUCACACGGAAUGUUUAUGUGUCGAUUAUUGAUGACGUUUCAUCCCCUCAACUAGAGCCGCUCCGCUCGCGACCAAUCAGAUAGAGGGCGAGCGCGUCGCCUAAAGAUGACGUAAAGAAACAGCUCCUCGCGCGUGUCGCCGGUGGGAUGUUAAGCAGCGUUCCCAGGCUGCUCUCUCUCCUCUUUGUUCCUCGCCGUGUUGGACUCCAUCGCGUCCUCUCCUCCUGUCUCGUCCCAGGGGACGUCUCUGUGCUUCGUGCACGAUCGUCGGUCAUGAUGGACCCCGAGCUCGGUCUGUACCGCGCCCCCGCUGCUGUACGAGGGAUGACCGUCCUCGAGCGCGACGCCUUCACACAGACAGUGCUAGUUCCUGCCAUACGGAUCCCCACCCCCGUCCUCAACCGACUCGUUAAGAGCCUCAAGAAGGUGGCGCUGCAGAGGCCAGGUCUCAAGCGGGUCGUAGAUGACGACGAGGCGGACGCAGAGCACCGGCUGCUCCUGCUCGACCCUCAGAGCGUCGAGUCUGCCGAGUCGUUCGGUCCCGAGGAGGCGGCGGCCCUGAAGGCGUUCGGGGUGGAGCCAGAGAUCAGACGCUACCAGCUCAAACUGACGUACGAGAACCUGAAGAGCGAGGAGGUUCUGCGCGCUGUGCUUCCUGAAGGACAGGACGUGACGUCAGGGUUCAGUCGAGUGGGACACAUCGCGCACAUGAACCUCCGAGACCACCAGCUGCCGUAUAAACACCUGAUAGGUCAGGUGAUCAUGGAUAAGAACCCGGGUGUCACCUGCGUGGUGAACAAAACCAACACCAUCGACUCGACCUACAGAUUCUUUCAGAUGGAGGUUCUGGCUGGAGAAAACAACAUGGUGGCCAAGGUGAAGGAGAACGGCGUGUCGUACGAGUUUGAUUUCUCACGUGUGUACUGGAACCCUCGUCUCAGCACCGAGCACGAGCGAGUCGUUUCUCUGCUCCGCCGUGGAGACGUGGUGUUCGACGUCUUCGCCGGAGUCGGACCCUUCGCCGUGUUAGCGGCGCGUCGCGGCUGCUCCGUUUUCGCCAACGACCUCAACCCCGAGUCCUACAAGUGGCUUCGACACAACAGCAAGCUCAACAAGGUUGACUCCAAGGUAACGACCUUUAACCUCGAUGGCCGGGAGUUCAUUCAAGGCCCAAUGCGAGAGCGUCUCCCUGAUCUGAUCAGGAACUCAGGUCCUUCCUCCUCUAUCCACGUCAUCAUGAACCUCCCGGCGUUAGCUCUCGACUUUCUCGACGCGUUCAGGGGCCUGCUGCGGGGUGAGACGGACCCGGGUCCUGAUAACACCGUCCUGCCCCGGGUCCACGUCUACGGCUUCUCCAAAGAGGACGAGCCUGAGAGGGACGUGCUGGAGCGCGCCGAGCUGAGGUUAGGGACUUCGCUGAAAGGACGGUGUGACGUGCACAUGGUGAGAAAUGUGGCGCCGAACAAGGAGAUGAUGUGUGUGAGCUUCAGCAUGCCGAGAGACGUGCUGUACACACAAGACGUGCAGGAGGAGGAGGGUUGCUCAGAAGAACCGUCGCCGAAGCGGCUGAAACACGAGCAGACGUCGUCAUAAACUCAUCUGUCUGGACAAUCAGAAUGUUUCUGUUUUAUGAUUUAUUUCUUUUUAUGUAUGAUCUCACAGAGAAAGAAUCCACGCUUUCUGUUUAAAUCUGUAAAUAAAAUAUUUAACCCCAUUUUAAACUGGUGUUAAUUUA